GCCCCGUCUGAUCUCCUCCUCCGCCUUCUCAAACGCUCAAUUGAACCCUCACGUUUGCACAAGAGUCAGCAACCCACCAUGACAUCCACGACACUAGCACCCAAUUACCCUCCCGUGAAGCUGCCGCACCCAUUUCUGACGGCAUACCGGGUGCACACCGUCACCGGCACGACGCCCGCGCAGCUCGUCUUGAAAUUAGACGACCGGCAACCUGCGGAUGGACGGCCAUUACCGGAGCCUCUUCACCUCGGCACUCUGCAGUGGCUCGACCUGAUCGUCCCACCCCAGGAUGAACGGCCGCCAAUUUCUGACAACAGCCCAUGGGCACGAGCGCGACGGAGUCCGUCGACCGUCUUCAGCUGGACGGGAUCCGGCGCACCGUCCCUGGGUCCCGUCUGGAACGUCGUCCACGCCAUCUUCCUCGCACACCCGAUCCACGAAUAUUUCAGACUCGUGCUGAAGGGCGAAGGAAAGGGCCAACUUACGGACGAGCUCCUUGCCACAGGCCUGGCGGUCGUCCAUCCCAAGCCGCGUUGGGAUGCGCGAGGCCCUCCAGCGGGGACCCGACAGCCGAUCGUGAGCGGCGAGGGCGAACUGCUGAUCCUCCGGAGUUCGUUCUGGCAGGGCGCCGCGUCGCCCGUCGGGCCGCGUCCGAUCUGGAUCGUCGGCGAUGGCACGGACGGCCAUCUGCGAAAGUCCCUGGCCGAGUAUCCUCCGAUGCCCGAAAACUUCCACAUCACCAACAAGUUCCCGGACGGAGAGCCGGUCUUCACACGCCACCCGGUCAGGCGUCCUAAGCCACGGCCCGGAUCGAUCGUCUACAGUCGCUACAUUCCCGAGCUCGACGCACACUUCUCUCUCGAGGUGGUCGACUGGCAAGAUGAGGAACACCUGAAGCUCUUCAACAAGUGGCAGAACGACCCGCGCGUCGCGGCCGGGUGGAACGAGACGGGGACGCUGGACCAGCACCGCGAGUACCUGCGCAAGCUGCACUUUGAUCCUCACGUCCUCUGCCUGUUUGGGCGGUUCGAUAACUCGCGUUUCGCUUACUACGAGCUGUACUGGGCAAAGGAGGACCACUUCGGCGCCCACUAUGAUGCGGGCAACUACGAUCGCGGCCGUCACUCGCUCGUCGGCGAGGCCUCGUUCCGCGGCCCCAAGCGCGUCAACGCCUGGUACUCCAGCUGCAUCCACUACUGCUUCCUCGACGACCCUCGGACUGCCAACGUGGUGGGCGAGCCCAAGGCGACGGGAGGCACCAUCCUCACGUACGAGAACGCGCAGGGCUUGGUCAUUGGCAAGUACGUGGAUCUGGGACACAAGCGGUCGGUACUGUCGAUCUGCAGUAGGGAGAAGUGGUUCCAGCUAUGUCCGCUGUUCUGGGACGGGCGAGAAAAGCCGCUGGAGUCGGCAGACCGAGCGGCGUGGAAUGCAAAGCUCUAAUCAUGUGUUUUGUUCUCCUUUCUCUUACACUGUCAGCACCUCCUGUAACAUAGGAUUCUACAUUCCCCAAGGGCGAGAACCCGUUGUGAAACGUUUUUCAGCACU